CAACUAGUGUGUCACUUUGUUGUGUUUCCCUAUCGCCGUUUGUUUCAGGCUUUCUUCUUUGUUGUCGAAGUUGUCUGUCUACUGCUUCUCGCGCAGAGACGACGGCGUUCGCACCGAAUGGGCUACUCGAAAGACCAGUUGCUUGCUCGUUUAAAGGAGCUUCAAAUUGAUUUUUCCCAGUAUGAACAUCCUGUUGUUAUGACGGUCGAAGCUCAGGCAAAGUAUGUUGGAAACAUGGGAGGUGGAUUGAGUAAAAAUCUAUUCCUGAAGGACAAAAAGAAUAGGCUAUAUGUUGUUUCUGCUUUGGCAGAUACAAAAGUAGAUUUGAAAGUUUUAUCUCAGAGACUUGGUUUGGGAAAAGGAGGGGUAAGAAUGGCGCCUGAAGAAACACUUACUGAGAUACUCCAGGUUCCACUCGGUUGUGUUACUCCAUUUGCUCUGGUAAAUGAAUCAGCAAGAGAUGUGGCGUUGUUGUUGGAUCAAGGAUUUAAAAGUCAAGAGAGUUGCUUCUUCCACCCGCUAUCUAAUGAUACUUCAAUUGCUCUAAAAGCUCGUGAUCUUGACAAGUUUCUCAAAUCAGUUGGGAAAGAACCUGUUUAUGUUGACCUAGAGGCUAGUCCCGCUGUGGGGAAGGAUAAUCCUCCUGAUCUGGCUGCUUUUGUUCCGUCUGGUUCCACUGUACUGCCAGAUCCUCCUGAAAAGGCUGGUCCCAUCAAAGUUCCUGCUGAAAGUCAAGUUAUAGUGGAUAAAAAGUCUACAAAAGCAGCAGCAAAAGAAACUAAGCCAUCCAACAAUGUGAAAAAUGUUGAAAGUAAGUCAACCAACAAUGUCUGUCAGCGGAGCGCUUUCUCAGACGCUGGCCUGUUUGUGCAAGAGAUGCUGGAUAAAACAUCAGCUCUACUGCUUUCUGAAAUCACUGAGGAUGCUAUCAAGCAACACGGUGGACAGCUUGGAAUAGUGGUGGGAGAAAAUCUAAGAAAGCAUCUAAGCUCGGAGUUGACCAACGUCGCUACAAUGUUCAAGAACACAGCAUAUACAGCUGGGUUUCACGCUGGUGGUGGUCCCCGACAAUUCAACUGUCCGUGAAGCCUUUUGUAACAACAAAAAGAACACAAUUCAACUUUGUUGCUAUAGACUGUUUGGCUUUCACGGCAACACUAGUAGUUGACUUUCUGUUCCUCGGCAUGAAAAGCUCAGCUUACAGACUGUUUGUAGGCCUAUUUAUAUAUAUAUUUUACAUCUUUGAUCCCCUGGAUUUCAUGGUGCAUUCAAAUGUUAAGAGUUAUGGUAUCACAAACUUUUCUUGCAAUUUCGUCGUCGACGAUUUAAACGA